AUGGCAAGUCAAACAGCACGUAUCUCAGCUGAUGCACAAUUAGAUUGUGCACUCGAUUUAAUGCGACGUUUGCCACCGCAACAAGUCGAAAAGAAUCUCUCAGAUCUCAUCGACCUCGUUCCGGACUUGACAGAAGAGCUAUUAUCUGCUGUCGAUCAACCACUGAAAGUCGUUCGUGAUCGAACCGUUGGCAAAGAUUAUCUUCUAUGUGAUUACAAUCGUGACGGCGAUUCGUAUCGUUCACCAUGGACGAACACUUACACACCACCAUUUGAUGGAAAUCUUCCGUCCGAUCGUCUCCGACAAUUAGAAAUCGAUGCUAAUCAAGCUUUUGACCAAUAUCGAGAGAUGUACUUUGAAGGUGGAGUAUCCUCGGUCUAUUUUUGGGACCUAGAAAAUGGUUUUGCUGGUGUUAUUUUAAUCAAGAAAGUUGGCGAUGGCAGUAAGAACAUCAAAGGCUGUUGGGAUUCGAUUCACGUUAUUGAAGUUCAAGAAAAGCAGGGUGGCCGAUCGGUUCACUAUAAAUUAACAUCGACUGUUAUGCUUUGGUUGCAAACGCAAAAGACCAAGUCGGGAAUGAUGAAUCUAGGUGGAAGUCUGACUCGUCAACUGGAAGCUGAUCACCAAAUAACCGACUUUUCUCAGCAUAUUAUCAACAUUGGUCGGAUGGUUGAAGACAUGGAGAACAAGAUUCGUCAAACAUUGAACUCGAUCUACUUCGGUAAAACAAAAGAUAUUCUGAAUAGUUUGCGAAACUCUGAACAUGCCCAAAAUCGACUUCGUUUACAACAGCUGAGCUUCACAGGUGAAUUGCAAUCAACGCUAAAUCGUAGUCGACCAACAGAAUAA